UCCGGAUACUUCUACAAGUCCUGGCGCACAUCUUCAUCUUCACCUAUUAAAACCCUCAACUUCUCUUCAUCUCCCCCAAUUCGAAACCCUAAUCGGCUAAUCCUAACCCUAACCCUAACAACAACCUUAUUCCAAACAACGCUAUGGCCAUUCUCUCCGAAUACGAAGAGCAACCGGAGUCCGUCAAGACGCCGUUCAACGCCGUUCUUGAUUCCUCCGAUCCGCUUCAGUUUCUUCAAACGGCGUUCGAGUUUGUUGCUCGUGAAACCGAUCUCUUCAAGAAGGAUUCGGUGAUUAAGGAUGUUAAUGCUUUGGUUCGUUCGGUAAAGGAGAAGCUUGAUGCUGAUGAGAGGAAGAGGAAGGAGAAAGCUGUUCCGGUUGCUAGUAACGAUGGUGCUGUGAAGAGUGAUAAUAAGCGUGUGAAGGAGGAUGUUUCGUCGGCGUCGCAGUCUGGUAAGGAGCCGGUGGAUCAGAAGAUGGCGGAGAAGGAUGAUGAUAACAAGGGUUUGAGAGCUCCAAAUAAAGGGAAUGGACUGGAUAUGGAGAACUAUUCUUGGAUACAGUCAUUGCAAGAAGUCAAUGUUACCAUUCCUGUUCCUCCUGGAACUAAAUCAAGAUUUGUAGAAUGUGAAAUCAAGAAAAACCGUAUUAAAGUCGGACUCAAGGGCCAGCCUCCAAUACUGGAAGGGGAGUUGUACAAGUCUGUCAAGACUGAUGAUAGUUUCUGGAGCUUAGAGGAUCAAAAAGCUAUCGCAAUACUUCUAACCAAACAAGAUCAAAUGGAAUGGUGGAAGUUUUUGGUCAAGGGUGAACCUGAAAUCGACACUCAGAAGGUAGAACCUGAGAACAGUAAACUAGCUGACCUGGACCCAGAAACACGAUCUACUGUUGAAAAGAUGAUGUUUGAUCAGCGACAGAAGCAGAUGGGCAAACCAACAAGCGAUGAGAUGCAGAAACAAGACAUUCUGAAAAAAUUCAUGGCUGAGCAUCCGGAGAUGGACUUUUCAAGGGCCAAGAUCAACUGAGGUGAAAUAUGUGAUCAACUACUUGGAAGACAGAGCAUUAUGUUUUUUGUUUGGUUGUGCAAAUGCUUUGGGAGAUUUUGUGAGAUGGAAUUGUUUUCUUGGGAAAUAGUAGAAUGCUACUUUUUAGUGAAAUCUGUUUAUAAGAAUUUCUUUGUUGUUUUUGCGCUAUAGUCUUUAUGUGGUUCGAUUUAUGUUUAAAUCUAGUUCUAUUAUACUCAUGCUUGAUUCGUGUUUCAAUCAUCGUAUUGUAGCGAUUUAAGUGUUUUAUAAUUUAUA